AGCCAUUUUAAAAAUAGACGCAGUUUGAAGUAUACCAUAUAUAAACAGCGUUUACCUCGCGGGGCUGUUCGAAGAAACAACAGAAAAUAUUCAGUCUGCCUAUGGAGAGUGUGGUAAAAAUGGAUUGGUGUUAGAUGAGUGCAAGAAAUGGCGAACCUUGGGGUGUCAAGUUUGAGAGGGGGGCUGGGAAUCGCAGCGUUGUGUUAUGUGGGCAUAGAUUAUCUACGGAGAAUAGCUCCAGCAUGGCAUGCUACGCUUCAGCCUAAGCUGUGGCUUGUGCUGGCACUGGCUGCUAUAUGCCGAGCGCCAUUCUACCCGCACUGGUCCACAGAGCUCAGAAGCGUAUUGCCCUUCCUCGGAUCCUUACUUUUCAUGCUCGUUGCCUUGGCCCUCGAGGCCACCUCUGUGCACUUCGUUACUGCUUUGCUUGGCCUCGAUUGGCACAGGACUGCAUCUCCUCUUCCCGACACCGGACAGUGGUUGUUUUUAGCUUUGAAUGAAAAGCUUCCAAUGGUAGUGGUGCAAGUUUUAAGGGCUCCCAUUAUUGGUUUACAUCACUACUUGAUGUUGUUCCUGAUGCUUGCAUUUUCAGUUUUGUUUGACUGUGUUAAAGCUCCUGGGUUGGGGCUUGGAGCCAGGUAUAUGUUCACUAUGGCUGUUGGCCGACUACUAAGGGUUAUAACAUUUCUCUCAACAAUCCUGCCUUCUGCAAGACCAUGGUGUGCUUCUGUUCGAUUUGAAAUUCCUAACCAUCCUCAUCCUUGGCUACAGAAAUAUUAUGUGCCAUAUGCAUCUGACCCUAAUAUGAUUCGUCAGCUUCUUCGAGAAGAUAUGAGUAAUGCACCCAUUGGUGAUUAUCCAGCUGAAAUCAUACCAGAAUGGGGACGGAUGAAAUUCUUGGUCAAUAUUUUGAGGCCAUCGAGUGCAGCACUGUCAGAUGAUGGUACAUCAUGGUUCAGCACUCUUAAGAGAACUGGUGGUGGCUGCAAUGAUCUUAUUUAUAGUGGUCACAUGCUUGUUGCCGUACUUACAGCAAUGGCCUGGACAGAAGCAUACCCAGGUUGGACGUCGGCAGGAAUAUGGUUUCUAGUACUGCAUAGCGCCCAAAGGGAAAUACGCGAGAGACAUCACUAUAGUGUUGAUUGUGUUGUGGCUAUAUAUGUGGGUAUUUUGUUAUGGAGGACUAUCAAUCUUUUUUGGUCCUCAAAGGAUCGAUCGAAAACAUUGAGAUUAGAGCAACUUGCUCAAAUUGAAGGAAGGUUGGUUCAGGCAGCUAAAGAUGCUGAUCUAGAGAAGGUACGAGAGAUGUUAAAUGAAUUAAAUAAUCCUAUUCAAGGCCAUAAUCCAGCAAAACGAGUCCUUUGGGGAUUUGCUACCGUUGUCAUAAUUUUCUCACUUGGCAUUGGACUUUUAGCCUUUACGUUAACCGCAGAUGGAUGACUGUUCCAUAUAGAUAUUGUUUUUUAAAAUAGCUUAUUCUUCUUUUGAAUUGUUUUGCGGCAUGCCCUGCUUAUUGUACCCUUUCGACAUGGAAUCAUCAUAAGUUAUUUCAACUUAUGGUGACUAAUUUAUUUUAAAAUCUCUAUGCUUGAUA